CCCUGUUAUCUCUGUCAUUACAUACUGAUGUGCACUAUUUGAAAGCAGAAGAUUAGUGAAAACUGUUCAAUAUAACUGCUUGCUUUUAAGCUACUGAAAAUAAUUUUCACCUACACAACUAUUAAUGUAUUCUUUUUAAAUAUUAAUAUUUGUUAUUGGAUUUUACUAAACACUCGCAUUUCCUUGUUAUGUUCAUUCACUGAGAACUGCAAUUACAAAUACAUAACACGCCAUGAAAACUCAACUCACAGUCAUUCAUCGAGAAAAGUAUAAGUUGCUGUUGCUUAAUCCUUUAAAAGGGAUUAAAAUUCCCAAGAUUAAAACGUAGCAAAUAUCCCCUUACAUUUUGGAGUUGUGAGGCGAGAAACCAUCGACCUUCCAAUAGACCAUGUUAUCUAUAGGCCAGCAGAGACACAGCUUGUAUAGCAAAUAACUGUAUGUCAAUCAGUUCAUAUGAAGAAAUUGAGACAUUUUGUCUUUGACGUAAGGAUUUAAAGGUUACUCUAAGCGGAUUAACAAUAUUUUACGUGUUUAUAACUUCAUUACCAAUUGAACUCUUUCAAUUCAAGGGCUUGGUGACUGAUUAAAGCAGAUCAGUUCGUGUGGGAAUUUUGUUGAUACUUACAGUGGAAAAAGGAACGCUUUAUUAAAAGUUAAGUUAUUUUUUAACAAGUUCCAUUGGAGAACUUUGGCUAUUUUCAAAGCGUUUUGUCCGUAUGAUCAUGCCUCUUAUUCCCAGCCAUAAAGCUGUUUUUCCUAUACUUGUAACUAAAGAAAAAUUACAUUGCCAGUACAUAUUUCUUUCCCAAGCUCCUUCUCCUGAUACACCUAGUCGAGAUUUUGGAAAAUCCCGUUAGUUACAGAGUCGGUUGUUUUUUGCCAAAUCGGGUGAAAGGUUAAUCAACAAGGACAUUUUCAUGUUUUUUCAUCGUGUUCGAGGCUAUCUACUUACAGUUUCACUGCAAUCUGGAUUACAGUUAAAUCUUCUGUAAAGUUGGAAGUACGUUUAGAUCCGUAAAAGGGAGGGUUGAAUAAGGCUCUUUUGAUCACUUAGUUACCGAAAAAUAAACAUUUAAAGUGAUAUGGGAGAUUUCAAGGGGCGUGGGGAAUGUUCGGAAAUGCCAGACGAGGUGUGUCCAACCCAAGGGAAGAUGACACGUUAAUAAAAAUACGCUGUGAAGCACACGUUCAUCGGUAUUUUAUUAGGCAAUAAAACACGUCUUCUCUCUCGCCUUGGCAUGAAGAUUGCGACGUUAAUGCCAGCUGUAAUCUCGCAGUCAUCCAAAUCGUUUGCUUUACGCACAGUACAUUGUGAAUGAUUGGCUGCAAUCGACGAAAUCUUCUGUGAGAGCCUUGCGUUUGGAAGGAUACCUUCGAGUGAUUUGUAAGGCUUGAGUGAUUUGAUUCGAGUGAUUUGUAAGCAUCAUUGGACAUCGAAAGGAACUACUAUUCUCUUUAAUUCCUGAAAUAGUCUCCUCAGAAAACACGCCAUAUUUUUAUCUGUAAAUAUAAAGUUUCGUAUUCCUUAGCAAUCACACUUCUGUAAACACCUUGAUGACAAAUUUAACCGACACUGCGAUGACUGGUAUCCAAGCAACAGAAUACACUUUCUUUGCCAUCAUCUUCCUUUGUGGUGUGACCGGAAACACUCUCGUCUGCCUGGUAAUUUCACAGACACCACGCAUGCGCACAACACGUAACUUUCUCCUUGUGAACCUGGCGGUGUCUGAUCUGAUGGUGGCGUUGCUGUGCAUUCCGUUUGAUAUCGCCUUGAAAGUGACCCAUCCUGUGUGGCCUCUUGGUGCUGCUAUGUGUAAACUGUUGUGGCCCGCUAUGACGCUCUUCACAAACUGCUCCGCUGCCACUCUUGCAGCAAUCAGUUACGAUCGGUACCGGGCUGUGAUAUACCCAUGGAAACCACGCUUCACUACGACCCAAACAACUAUCAUUAUUGGCUCAACAUGGCUCAUGUCUCUGCUGUUAGUGCUGCCCUACAUACUGGCGCUGAAGAUGCAAGAUGGUAACUGUGUAGAGGACUGGCCCGUAGCUCUUGCUGUGAAACUGUACACCAUGGGCUUGUUUAUCUUCCAGUAUGCCCUUCCUCUCUUAAUCAUCGGCUUUGCGUAUUCGAUGGUCGCGUUAAGGCUGCGCGAGCAGGCGUCGCUCUUAGCGAGAAACCGACAAGCCAGUGGGAUUUCCGAGAGCGCCUACAACAAAGCUAAGAAUGCUUCUAACAAGUACAUCGAGGAACCUGAAGAAAGCGAACCGCCCUCCAGCGAUCAACCCUCUGCUGCUUACGCUCAAACAUCGUUAAAGAAGUGCCCCAAAGAUUCCUCGACUAACAAACCUUCCAACGCACGCCAAGAAGAAAAGCGCCUGAAGCGAACGACAAAGAUUGUGAAGAUGUUGGUUGCAGUUGUUCUUCUCUACGCCAUUUGUCUUCUGCCCAAUCAGGUGGUGUGGUUGUGGUAUGAGUUUGGUUCAGGUGCCAGCUGGCCUCACCUGGACAAAUUUCUCACGUUUGGAAGUAUCAUGAUUUAUGUCAACAGCUGUGUCAACCCAAUUCUUUACGCUGGCAUGAACGACGAGUUCAGGAAAGGCUUUGUCAGGAUUCUUAAGUGCCACUGCAAACACAGAGGCUCUUACUAAGUUUACUUCGAAAACAUCAUCUGAAGGCAACGUAAAACUACAGGUUAACAGUCUUCUUUCAAACAAAAGUCGCCUAAUCUCCCGGGGGGAGGGUAGGGGGAGAAAUCCCAUACAAAAAGGACGGGGGGGGGGUGCUCGUCGUACCUUUUAGGGGUUAAGAAAGUGGUUUUGGUACCUCUAAGGGUGUUCAGCUUCAAAAGGUCCACAACAAGAACUUUUGCGGUGCCUUUUAUGGUAUUCAGCCGAAAAAAAAAACACUAUGGCAGGAGAUAUUUGAAAUUCAACCGAUAUAUUUUUUUGCUCUCAGAAUUGGUGCCUAUCUUACGGGUGAAAAAAAUUUCAAGCGACGCCCACAAACCAGGAUCUUGGUCCCCCUUGGUCGUCGGAUAUUUUGAAAAGAACUCCUACCCAGUCCUUUUUAUGUGAGAGUGCCAAGCUCUGGGUAUGUUGUAUUUUAAAGAACGUCAGCCACGACGGCCAAUGUUUCGUAUUUUCUUCUGUAGAAGUUGAUCGCAGGCGUUACAUAUUUAAUUUGAGCAAGUUUUUAGACCGAUCGGCGGGCUGAACAGGUCUAGAUAAUUGCAAAAAUUCAAAGAUAUAUUGUAAACUCCAUUUUAUAACUAGGCGUUGUCCUCGGCGUCGCCGUCGUACCGCCGCUCAUCCGGAUAUAACUCGUCUUAUACACCGUUACAACUUGAUGUUAAAUCCAUGAAGUACUCUUGUGGGUUAGUUAAUUGUAAAGCAAUCAGUUGUGCUUGUAAAUGCGUGUGAGAAUUCAGUUAGGCAAUCUCAGAUGGAAAACGCAUUCUUAAAUAGACUGCUGCAGUAAAUUAGUUUGCUGUUCUCCAAGCAUUUCGAACUAGAUUUGAGCAUUAAGUAAGUAUUUUGUAGAAACAGGGUCGCAAUUACCACAUGUAUUGUUAGAAUAAACCAAUUCGUCAUUUUUGUCCAGUCCAGGUACAUUAAGUGAAAAUGGAAUAUACUAAAUAAAACGGAGAAGAGUGACAAGAGUGUGUAUAGAUAAACUUACAAUAACUAAGAGUUGUUAAAGUACCUUAAAGGCACUGCUAAUUUGUAUUGAAUUAUUGUAAAAAGACGUUUUAGAGAGAAUAAACAAAGUAAAAAGGAGUAAA